AUGGAAGAGCAGUUGAUUGUUUCUUCUGUGGUUAAACCACGCCAAAGUGUUGCCAACUUAUUCGUCAGAAUAAAGAGAGUCCCGACUAAAUGUGGUGAGAUUUCAAGCAAAGAAAGAUACCUUCAUCUUGUCUAUGGUACUCGCUUAGUUAUUUCAGAAUGUGCGCUGAAGGCGGUGAAAUGUCCACCUGGACCUCCUGGGAAAAAAGGCCCUCGAGGCAGACCCGGACUAGAUGGAUUAAAUGGAACUAAUGGCCCUGAUGGACCAUCUGGUGGCAGGUUCAUUUUUAAUGCUGGCACAUCUUCUGGUUGCAUUAAAUGUCCAAAGGGACCACCUGGUGUGCCAGGUCGGCAAGGCCAUCGUGGACCUCCAGGAUUGCCUGGUAAUCCGGGCUUGCGUGGUCCACCCGGUGAUGAUGGUGUUACCGGACCAGAAGGACCAGAAGGAGAACAAGGACCAGCAGGGCAUCCUGGACACCAAGGUCCUCAAGGAAUUGCGGGAAAACAAGGUCUAAAGUAUUUGCCAGGUGAACCUGGACCGAAAGGUGAGCAAGGCCCAAAAGGACCCGUUGGAGAACCUGGAUCACCAGGAGUUAAUGGCGAAGACGGGAAACCUGGUACACCCGGUCUUCCCGGAUUACCUGGUAGACCGGGAAGGAGAGGAAUGGAUGGAAUACCUGGAGAGGAUGGCAAAGAUGGUUUACAUGGAAUGGACGGCCGUUAUUGCAAGUGCCCACCGAGG